AAACGGAACGGAAUAAAAAAACUUUACUGUCACUGUCAGUUAGGUGACUUAGGUGCGCUAAUACUGUCAAAAAGGGAAUAUUUGCCGCCAGCCAGUGUUAUUUUUGUAAACGUUGUGUUGUUGUUCAUCAUAAUUCAUGGAGAAACUAUUGAAAAAGUUUAAACCUGAGGAUGCUGCCAAGGAACUAACUCGGGUAGCGGAAACUGUAACUUGCUUAGAAUGCUGUAAAUUUUACAUUGUUCCGGAGACUGCCACUUGUGGUCACACCCUGUGCCACGGCUGCUGGAUAGGGCGGCCGGCGUGUCCCGUCUGUGCGCUGCCUGUCAAGAGGCGGGCAUUGAAGCAAAAUGCAGUUAUCAAGAGAUACACGGAAUGUGUACAGAAAGCUACAGCAUUGUUUGAAAAACAGUUUAACAUCAAAAUGGACGAAUUUGCUCUAGAUGCUCUAGUUCAACCAAUAAAUAAGAUAGUUGAAAAAAACCCAAGUAAAACUGUAAAUGCAUGGCUAUGUGACUCACAAAACCAGUUCUCAGCCCCCGUGUCCACCCAGCUAUCCACACAGAGAGAGGACCCUGCUGUUGAAGUUACAACAUGCGAGAUCCAUGUCCAUACAGAAUCAAAGAAGGUCCAGAGUCCAGCAAAAGUAAUACAUGCACCACCUCCCCCCCAGGAUGACUUUAAUAAAAUUGAGAGAGUGUCAGACACAGAAGAAUUUUUAAAAAACAAAGAGAAUUUUGGCCCUAAUAUUGACCCAUUCCAUCUAGAUGAUGAUGAAUACACAACUGAUCAUCCCCGAAGAAGUUCUAGAAAACGGGAGCACAAGAAUGAAUCUAAACCCAGUGAUACCUCAGGGGAUAAGCACAGCUUUAGCAACAUCAGCAUAGAUACUACUGACAAGUUAAACAAAAUCAAGCAGAACUGGAGCAAUGUUAAGAAAAUGAGAAAAGAAUUCAGUAAGUUACAUAACAAAAAUAAAAAUAAGCUAAAUGUCUCAAUAGAAAUGUGUAAGAAAACUAAAAGUGUCAUCAGCAACCCUGUUCCAAGUGUGGAGCCCGAAUCUCAAAAAGUUAUAAUAAUAGAUGAUUGUACACCAAAAAUUGAUGAAAAAGAGAAAUCACCUGAUACUAAUAAAAUAACUAUUGACACUGAUAAUAAACAUGAUGCUGUAGAUUUGAAUAACAAAAGUCCAGGAAAUGCAUCACCAAAAGACAGACUAAGUUGCCAGGCAAUGGAUACCAUUCAAGAUAAUGAUAAUAUGUCUAAAAGAGACCAUAGAACUAACAGUUCUUCUAUAUUAAAUAAUUUUAAAAGUUAUGAUGAAAAUCAAGGGGAACUCAUAGAGACUGAAGUAAAUUUAAUGUCCAGAACCAAUAUACCUUUUCUUAAAAAGAGUGCUUUACAAACAGAUAAACCUACUGAUGAUUCGGAAACCAAUCCCAAAAGUACAGAGACAGCCAAAGAAAAUACUGUUCAAACAGUCAACCAUGCUGUUAAUGACAAUGUUGAAACUGAUUCAGAUGAUAUACAGAUUACAAUCAAAAUUGGAAGUACAUUGACUAAUAUUUUUAUCAAGAAAAAGAAAAAUGAUGUUAAAGUGAAACUUAAUACAGAUCAGGAGGUUCAAACAUUGCAGUGUAUGGAAAAGGCAACUUCUUGUUAUUCAUCUUCAUCUGUUCCUAAAACUUUAGAUGUACAAAAUUUUGAGAUCAAUAUUGGUGGUGAGGGCAUAGUCAGUGCUGUUACACAGCAGACAAAAUGCAUUGAAACCAGUAAUGAUCAACCACCAACAACUAACAGUGUGAAAGCCAAUCUAAAUAAAACCGUAUCAACAAAGAAAGACACUGCAUCAGCUGAGACUAUUCCUAUUGAAAUCUCAGCAAGCCUUGAGAAAGAACUUACAAAAGUUAUGGAAUGUGACGAUGAUGGUAAUAAAAUUGAAGCUCAGAAAGAUAAGACACAGAAGCCUCAGGAGAAAAAUGAAGAUAUUCGUAAAGAAUCAUCUACUUAUACUCCUAAUAAGGAACAAAAAUCAGAAGAAAUGGAGCUAGAUGAAGACAUGUUUGCCAGCGGAUCAGUCAAAGAGAACAAUGUUCAACUCCUUAUAGCUACAAAACCGGCUCCAUCUGAAAUACUAAUGCCUACAUUGAGGCAAAAAAAACCAACACAAACGCAGAGGCAGGUUGAUAAAAGAAACAGAGAAAACGACAAUGAGAUGACUAGUAACAAAAAGAGAAAAGUUACAAGUGAAAUCUAUGAAGAUAGUAUUGAUGAUAUACAUAACGAAGAUAAUAAAGACGAGAGUUCAAUCAAUUACGAUUCGGUUAUGGGCCAAGUGUUUGCCAAUAUUGAUGCAGAUAUUGGGAAAACCAAUAAAAGCCAAAGUACCAUUGAAAAUCAAGACAAGACAUUAGUUGAAAAACAGGCUGAAAAAAGCCAGGCAAUAACACAACAUUCAGUGUUGCUAAAAACUCAAAAAACUCAAAGAAAGGUGCUAGGUUUGAGUAGACUGGGCUAUGCCACACAGGACAUAAAGAGUCAUUUACCACCAAAGGAUAGUGAGAGCCUUUUUGCAUUGUCAAAUGUGGACUCCCAAAUUUUAACAGAGAAGGGCCAUAAUCAGAAGCACGGCUCAGAGACCCAGGCUCACAUCGAGAACCUCCUUACACCCGGGAUGUGCCAGAACCUGACAGAUAGCCACCACAGCCAGGAGGCUGGCCACAAGAGUCAGGAGGAUGGACAGCCCAGCCAGCACGUGAUCCCUGCCACGCCGCAGGAUCGCGACGACUCAGAUGCUAGUGUGUGUGAAGAGACACCACAGAAAGCUUCACCAUUCACAAGAAAGUCCAACGCGGCCAACGGCAACGGCGCCCAACCUAAACAGACACAAUCGCAACUGAACCCCAACGAGGCGCAACUCAUCAAGGAAAUCAUCAACAUCUCCGACACCGAGAAUGACAACACCAUCGUAACAAAACCCAAGCUAACCUUAGCAACACCCACUAUAAACCAGUUCUGUAACUCUGUCCAGCAUAAUUCUACACCAGUAGCUCGGAAAAGUCUUAAGUUUGACGCAGCGGAGAGUACAAAUUCUACAAGUACAAGUAAGAAUGAGUUCACGAAGCCAGGAACGCCGAACGUAAAGUUUUGCGUGGCGACGUCUUGUUUGACGCCCGCGGAGGUGAAGACCGUGGAACUGCUGUGCGCUAAGAGGGGGUGGACGUUUGUUAAGGAGUUUACUAAGGAUUUGACGCAUUUGGUGGUUGGGGUGGAUGAAGAGGGCAGAGCGCAGAGGACCGUAAAGUUCAUGUGCGCGCUGGCGGCGGGGCGGUGGAUCGUGCGCCACGAGUGGGCCGACACGUGGCUGCGACGUGGACACGCCGCCGAGGAACCGUUCGAGGCGCUGGACUGGACGGGUGAGCCGGGCCCGCAGCGCGCGCGCACCACCCCGCGCAAGCUGUUCGACGGGUUCACGUUCUUCUGCAUGCCGCCCUUCAGCGUACUCAACGAAUCUGUGCUCAAGAUGAUGUUAGAAUCGGCAGGCGGCCGCGUGGUGGCGUCGGACCGCGAAGUUCAAGUUGAGGGUGACGACGUGCGCCUGCUGCUCGCCGAACCUGAAAACACACAAGAAAAUCAGUUCACAUACCUGGCAUUAAAACUAAACAUCGUCCCAGUAAACCACGAGUGGGCGCUGAACUGCCUCGGCAGCUACACCCUCACGUCCAUCCUCGACCUGAUGCUGUGUCCUACAUCCCUGCUGCCUGCCGUCACUUCCAAAUGGCCGCAAGUCCUUUUCACACAAGAGUUUGACCCUGUCACAGAGUCUGACUUACCAGAUAAUCAGUGAAACUUUGGACAAAGUUGGAUUGUUGACUAUUAAUUACUUAUUGCAGUGUUAACACACAAGGACAUGUCAUUUGUCAGGAUGGCCGUGUCGGAGGCAAUAAAUUGAACAUAACGCCACCUAUUGGUUUUAGUGUAAUGCAAUGUUUUUGUGUCAAUUAUUGUUUAUUCUAGUACCUUUACAUUUACUAGCAAGCCUAAUCGUGUCAUCAUCACAACAAUACUAUAUUCUCUCAUUUUUGUUCCGUACAAACGAAAUAUACAUAUAUAUAUAAGGUUGGUAUACCACCUGUCAAAUUUCUUGGUCCAAUGUGCAUUGCGUCUCACUCUCUCAUUAAGCAAAAUGUGAGACGCAAAUACACAUUGGACAAAGAUAUUGUAAUAGUGAAAUACCACCCUAAGCUUGGUUUUUUAUGAAUGAUGUUAUCAAGUUAGUUUUCAUAGGAUACUAUAUUAUUAAAACUUGUACUGUAUUUAGACAUACCUGGAUGUUUCAUCAAUAAAUAGGUAUUUUAAUGUUAUUGUUUAUGUGAUUAUAGAACUGAUAACCAGUGUUCGGAAUAGGCAGAGUAUAAAUACCUAAACUUGGUAAAACAAAGUCAUAAAGUGGAGACUGCCUUGAGAUAACAUUUUUUUCCGGAAGUAUAGUCCCGGAAACGUACUAAUUAAAUAAUAUUGUUAAAAAUACGGUAAAAAACAAUGCAUUCCUCGUUUUUGUCCAAUACAAUCAAUAGGCGUAAAAUAAAACAACCAAUUUUUUUUUACUUUCUAUACAUACACAUUUCUUAAAUAUAAACACACGCAAUCUCGCUAUUCAAUGUAAAUGCAAAAUUAUUUAAACUAUGUUACUACUAGUAAAAAUGAUCCUGAUUCUGAUGACAUUGAAUUUUUUUUUAUCGCAAGGCAGUCUCCACUUUAUGACUUUGUUCUAUCAAGUUUAGGUAUUUAUACUCUGCCUAUAUUCAGUAUCUCUGCCUAUCACUGCUGAUAACUAUUGCUACACUUAAUCAGAUUAUUGAAAAGCUUCAUCAUUUUGCAUCACACGGGGACAAUUUCUCUAUUAUUAUAAUCUAGCUAGUGCCAUCCCUAUUAUCUAUUUUAUGUAGAUGUCAUGGUCAGAUCAUACAUUUUGAUCCUUCCAUGGAAUACCAUUUUAUUUUAGUAUUGAUCACUUCAUGAUAUGGUUAGGUCAUGUGUCCAACCGAUCAUUUUAUGAAAUGAUUGCCACAUCACGAAAUGAUACAUUUUUCGAUCUGGCCACAGCAUAAAAAAGUAAAAUACCUGAGUCAUUCCACGGCAGAAGUAACGCGAGUCACCAGUUUAUUAUUUUAUUUGACAGUUUAUUCAGACGAAAGGGGACGACCGCCCCUAAACCGCCUUUCCAUACAAACGUAGACCCUAUUUUCCUCUCUGGAUAUUAACAUAAUUGAAAAUAUUAAGAGGAGCAUUUAAAAAUUUGUAUGGAACCUGUUUUUCGCCUAACUUUUAAUAUAAUUAAAAAAACUAAAAAAAUCUAACGGGCAUAGCUAUGACCAAAAAAACAUAAAACUCUGUAAAAAUAUUUUCAGUAAUGUCAAUAUCCAGGAGGGAAAAUAAGGACUACGUUUGUAUGGAGAACAGAUCGUCCCCUUUCCUCUUAAGUUUCAAAAAUAUAUGUGUCUAAAGUACUAAUAACGCAGCAGUUUACGCUAAAGAUUUAUUUAACAAGUGUAAAUUGUUUAAUCUGACGCUUAAAUGCAUGUGAAAUGAUUACAUUUUAUUAACCUAGAGAUUGCAAGUGUUUGCUUUUAUCGUUGUUUGCCACGUUAACGUUAAGUUGUUAUGAAAACGCCAGGUAAUGUUAUUUAAUUAAAAUACGGGUCAAUAGUUCAGUUCAGUUACGUACCUAAUUAUAUUUAAUACAUAUAAAAAUCAAAUAAGAACAUUGUUGCUCAUUUGCACUGCUCUUUAAGAAUAAAUAUAAUAAGUAAUAACCUAUAAGUUUUUUGCAGCCUUAAUAAGUUACUUACUACCUACCCGAGUUAAUAGCUAUUUCUAGUAAUGAACCGUCUGUACCAUUCCCAUGUAGGCAUAAAAGGUCUGUGGAGCGCAUCGUAAUUUGUACCUGCCUCUGAAAUUACUUAGUUAAUGCUUAUCCAGCGGCCUAUAAAAACAAAGAAGCAGCCGCGACAAGGGGAGGGUCAGAAAAUCCUAUUGUAUAUUAAUGUUAGUGACGCCAUUCUCCCGCCAGUUUUGGCAAAGAUGCAAUUUCAUUUGAAUAUUGUGCAUGUAGACUGUUAUCUCGCGUUAUUCUCGUAACUGAAAACAGUUUAAAUACAGUGCUCGUAAAAGUAGUGUGUAACGCCAUUAGCUUAAUGCCUUAAUAUUGUACCUAAUACCUAAUACACUCGAGCAAGAGCAUCGAAAGCGGCUCACUUUGUAAGAAGCAUUUGACAAAUCCCAUUUUGAUUGCUCUAGAGUGUAUUUUACUUAAAUUAGUCUUAAUUGUCUACUAAGUGUUGUCUAUCCAGGUUCUGUGGCCAGUUUAGAAUACUGUUAAAUUUACAAGAUGUGUUUUACGAAUUAUUUACGAAUAAAUGUAUUUUUAUCUUA